AUGAUAUCGUUCGCCAGAGGUGGGAGAUUCCUAGCCCGCCACCAGUCGUCCAAGUUGGAACGUCCAAGUCUUCAAGGCCCCGAUAGUUGAAGUCCGAACCACCAUCGCCGAGUGAUAUUCAAAGCAGGAAGGAACAGUCGAACGCUUGUUUUUGCCAUUUCUGCCGUCCAUCCCAAGUGACACGGGAACGAUUGACGAGAUGAGCGGCGUAUUCCAGCGGGAGCAGGGAAGAUGCGACGAUGAGCACUUUGACGCGCUGCUCGACCAGUUGGAGCUGCGUUUUGGAAUGGAUCACAGGGUGUCACCCUCCAUACAUGGCCCUGAUACAAGUCCUAGGCCGAGCACUGAAAGGAGCUUCGGCUCGUACAGUUCCGGAAGCUCGCAUCAUGGCUCAGACGUUGAUUACCGUCGGUUGGACAACGAUAGUUCUGGAUCGUGGACAGAUAGCAGUAGGAGCGAUCGGGACCGGAGGUUUAGCCCGCAUGGCAAGAGGGGGGACUCGAUGGUCAUGGCACGACGGCCGCCAUCCUCGGAAGUGGAAAUCGCAUCUCGCGGCAGAUCGAUUGCCCCCAGAGAGCAUAUCGUAGAGAUCUCCUGGACAAGAAAUUGUUUUGUACGGAUGCUCUUCAGCGAUGAGGCUAGCUUCAAAGCUUUCUUGGAAUUUCUGAAGUCCGAUUCCAUCACACUCAAUGCUCUGCGAUUCCAUACGGCGUACACCGACUUGGUCGUCGCCCUUGCAAACUCCCUCCCCCGGAAAUACCGGGAAGGUCUACCGCGCAACACAAUCCCAACAUAUGGGAUCGGAAGAUUCAUCUCCCCAGAGCUUCCGCCUACCGCCCCUCCACUAGCCGUACCGAGCUCUCUCAUUGGACGUGUGCGAAAGAUAUGGGAAAAGUAUCUCGGAGACCCCGACCUCCCGUCGUCGCUGUCCGUCUGGUUGCCAUACGAUUGUCGCGUCAGCGUAGCCGUGGCAAUCAACGCUAAAGAUGCGGUUUGGUGCGGGGUACUAGAUGAAUCUGUCGCCCGCAUUCUCGAGCGAGUAUACACUGGGCAGUACAAGGCCUUUGUAAACUCUCGACACAGUUUCCAACCUCAAUAUCCUACACCUGAGACAUCGCCACUGAUGGCGGACGCCCGUCUGCCAACCUCUCCACCUCCUCCAUCCGUGAUUUCCUCGUCCCGGAUGCUGUCCUCCCGUGCUUCCUUGUAUUCGAACACAUCAACGCCCCUUUCGCCCACAGACAGACGAGAACGGUUCGAUUCCGUGGCAACUCCCCGUGCUUUCGCACCACAGGUCAGAGCACGGUCCUCUUCGUUGCGCCCACCGCCAAAAUGGGCCGUAUGCACUCAGAAGGGGUCCACAUUGCCACACGGCAGUCCGGCGUCCCAGCAACGCUCCUCAAGCGCUGUCCCGGCCGGUAGAGUCAACAGGCACACCGCACCGCCUAUGCAGUCCCGACCGGAAACGCCGCGCGAUUCGGCAAUUUCCGUAGGUGCGCCGUACCAGAAGGGCAAAACCGGCGGACCCGUACAACCAGGCCAUCCCCAUCAUCGGUCGUUCCAAAGCAAAUAAAGGACUUGAAGCCCUGCGGGGUUUCCGACGUUCGGACUUUCCCACUCAAAUCGCCCACGAGUCCUUACGUAGUCCGGGCCCCAACCUUUGUGAUGAUGCUAUCGGAACACUCUACGUAGUCUCCGACCGCUCGUCACCGUUGCUUGCACUUCUUGUAUACCUUUCAAAAUACCCCC